CAUCUUGGGAAGAAGGGCGUGGUCUGACCGGCGAGUGGAGGAGGAAACAGCAGUCAAUCUGAGCAAGCGUCCAUUCGCGCGGAAUCUCAACGUCCUUAAGGAGGAGAGGGCGAUGAGAGAGGCGGGCUACGACGAGCACAUAGACUAAGCAGAGACCAUCACCAUCAUUAUCCACUACACUACCGCAACGAACAUCACCACCUCCCUCCCUCUCUCUCGGCUCCACAUUAGUGACGUUUGACUCGGCGUGAAGCUCGAGCCGGCCCCGCCGCCAGUAUGUCGGUGUUAGCGCUCCAAGAGUACGAGUUCGAGAGGCAAUUCAACGAGGAGGAGGCCAUCCGAUGGAUGCAGGAGAACUGGAAGAAGUCCUUUCUCUUCUCCGCUCUUUACGCCGCCUGCAUCCUGGGCGGUCGCCAUGUGAUGAAGCAAAGGGAGAAGUUUGAACUGAGGAAGCCUCUGGUGCUCUGGUCUCUCACACUCGCCGUGUUCAGUAUAUUUGGCGCCAUCCGCACUGGAAGUUACAUGACAUAUAUUCUGAUGACAAAAGGGCUUAAACAAUCUGUGUGCGACCAGAGCUUUUACAACGGACCCGUCAGCAAAUUCUGGGCCUACGCGUUUGUACUAAGUAAAGCACCAGAACUGGGUGACACGCUGUUCAUCGUGCUGAGGAAGCAGAAGCUGAUCUUCCUGCAUUGGUACCACCACAUCACUGUGCUGCUGUACUCCUGGUACUCCUACAAGGACAUGGUGGCCGGUGGCGGCUGGUUCAUGACCAUGAACUACUUGGUGCACGCCGUCAUGUACUCUUACUACGCGCUGCGGGCGGCCGGCUUCAAGCUGUCGCGCAACUUCGCCAUGUUCAUCACGCUGACGCAGAUCACCCAGAUGCUGAUGGGCUGCAUGGUCAAUUACCUGGUCUACUCAUGGAUGCAGCAGGGCCAGGAGUGCCCGUCGCACAUGCACAACAUCGUGUGGUCCUCGCUCAUGUACCUCAGCUACUUUGUGCUCUUUGUCCAGUUCUUCUUCGAGGCCUACAUCGGCAAGUCCAAAGCACCUGCCACCGGCGCCAAGGCCAAGAAGAUCGAGUAAAGUACAAAAAAGGGAGGAAAUGUGUAUGAAUAAGUUGAAGUUGGAGGGCGGAGUUUUUGAGAGGACGAGAUGGCGGGGAUGAAAGGUGUUUGCACUUGACCGUAAUGUGAAAAGCUAAAAAAAAAACACACACACACAAACAACGGAAGGAAGCGGCGCCAUCGUGAUGAAGCCAUCGCAAGUUAAAAAUGUCCCUCAUAAAUAGUCUUAAUCACAUGAUCAAAAAUGCCACAUCUGCCACAAAAGCGUGUGUUUACUUGACUGUAAAAAAACAAAACAAAACAUAUGAAGGAUGGAGUGUCAACUUGAGCCAUCUAUGUUUGUUUCUGUCUCUGUCCGGUGUUGUUUUGUGUUCUCAUCUGUCAAUAAAAAGUACUUCAUUUUAAGGAGUGUCAGUGAUGAAGUGCACUGUCUUAAACGUUGCAAAAUGUGACAUCUCAGGUUUUAGCGUCUUUGUUCUUUAACUGAAUAUGCAUAUGUCAACACUGUCAUAACCAACGUUGGUCCAAUCUCGAACAAUGACACCACCUUUUUGGGCAUUUGAUGCUAGUGCUAAGCAUCCUGCUUUGUCGCUGCCAUUGAUGCAUCUAAUAAAAAGUCUAAUCCUUA